GGCGAGGAAACGAAGAUGAGCGCAUGUGGCAAGGCGGCGGCGGUGGCGGUGAGGCUAUUCGACGCGCACUGCCAUCUCCAAGACCAGAGGAUCUUUGCGGUCACUCCCCAGAUCAUCCGCACGGCCAUCGACUCCGGAGUUCUCCUUUUCGCCGUCAAUGGCGUUUCCGAGAAGGAUUGGCAUAUUGUCAAGCAGAUGGGCGAGCAAUAUCCUUCAGUGAUUCCGUGCUUUGGCCUUCAUCCAUGGUUUGUUGCCGAGAGGUCGCCUGAAUGGAUGAGAUUAUUGAGAGAGUUCUUUGCAGAAACACCUUCCGCUGCCGUUGGUGAGAUUGGCCUGGAUAAGGGUUCACAUGGAAGGAAUAUUGAAUUUUCUCAGCAGGUGGAAGUGUUCCGGCAACAACUUGAACUUGCCAAGGAAUUAGAAAGACCAGUAUCCAUUCAUUGCGUGAGAGCUUUUGGUGAUCUUCUUGAAAUAAUGCAAUGUAUCGGUCCCUUCCCUGCUGGUGUAAUUCUGCAUUCUUUCAUGGGAUCUGCUGAGAUGGUGCCUGCAUUCACGCAGCUUGGUUCUUAUUUUUCCUUCUCUGGCUUUUUAACUUCAAUGAAAACUGAGAAAGCUAAGAAAAUGCUGAAAUCGGUGUCUAUUGAGAGGAUUCUAUUUGAGUCAGAUGCGCCAGAUGCAUUUCCCAAGUCACACGUAAAUUCUUCAUCACUUCUGGUUGAUAACUCCAUAGCACUCGGUCAUCAAAGCCCUGAAAUAUUGGCUACUAGUGCACCCAAUUUUCCAAAGGAGGAACUGAAUCAUCCAGCUAAUAUUCAGAUUGCAAGAUGAGAAGGAGACACGCUCUCCUCCGAUUCUCUUGCAGGCAUUAUGCGAUUCUUAUAUAUGCAUGUUAGAGAAGAUGAUUUGAGCACUAUGACGGAUGCCGAAUUUAGUUUGGAGACUAAGCAGAAUACGUCACAUCAUCCCUUCGCUCAGUAUUGUGGCUCGGUAUUGUUCGGUACCGCGGCUUGGUACCGCUGAUGUGGCUGCAUCUGAUUCGCCUCCGAACGUAGAGCUGUGUCCGGCCUCUGAACAAAAUAAUUUCUCCUAUGAUGGAGUGGUUAGUGAUUCUUAUGUAUGUUGAUUGGUUCAUUUAUAACCCUAAAUUUUUGUAUGAUACUAGAAUUCUUGAAUGUCCUAUGAAAUUGAAGAAAAUCCUUUAUUGUUUUAAAAUGUCGCAUAAAACCAGCAGCUUAAUUUUUAUUCCUUUUA